AUGGUGGCCCAAUGGGCUGAUAAUAAAGUAAGCCGCCAUGGAAACCCAAAGGCAAAAUAUCUCCCAAACCUCCGAACGCUGCGCUUCCAAGGAGAACCGAUCGUCAUCGAAAACAAAGGCGGGGAAGAAGAAAGGAUGGUUGAAGAAACUGAGAUAUCAGUCACCGCCAUGAAAGAGGAAGCAAAGGACUCAACAUCAAUGACCAAGAACCACCGCAACCCCACCGGAGAUGAGUCAGACGCGGAGGAAGGGGAGAUCGUCGGCGGCGAUCCAGAAGAUCCGUCGAAGGCCGCGGUGGCGGCGCCCAUUCCGAAGCACCCCUUGGAGCAUUCGUGGACGUUUUGGUUCGACAAUCCUUCAGCUAAAACUAAGCAGACGACGUGGGGAAGCGCAAUCCGAGCUAUCUAUACCUUCUCCACCGUCGAAGACUUCUGGGGUGUUUACAACAAUAUACACCACCCCAGCAAGCUGGGAGUUGGAGCAGAUUUUCACUGUUUCAAGAAUAAAAUAGAACCAAAAUGGGAAGAUCCUGUUUGUGCCAACGGAGGUAAGUGGACUGUGACUUUGCCGAGGGGUAAAUCUGACACUUGUUGGCUGUACACGUUGCUGGCAAUGAUUGGAGAACAAUUUGAUCAUGGUGAUGAAAUUUGCGGGGCAGUUGUCAAUGUCCGAUCAAGGCAAGAAAAAAUUUCUAUUUGGACAAAGAAUGCUGCAAAUGAAGCUGCCCAGCUAAGCAUCGGAAAACAAUGGAAGGAGUUUCUGGAUUAUAACGAAAUAAUCGGCCUACAAGGUGGCUCAGGUGUGUCCCGGUUGAAAUGUCAUGGACCCACUUACGUUUCCUUUAGAUAG